CUCUUAGCAGCAACGACCUAUUAUACGUUGAACAACAGAAAGACCUCUGCGCAGCCGCUGAGGUUCGUACCCUCCGGAGAGCCAUCGCAUGACUCGGAAAAUAUGGAACGUAUUCGAGCAGACUGGCGAGAACGCAAUCGCGGUAUUGGCUUACGGGACGUGAGGUAA